GCCGUAUUCAGUUUGACACAGACGACAACAUAAUGCAAAGGCAACAGAUUACUGCAGGAUACAACUAGCUUAGAUUAUCGUAGAAACCGCUGCCGACGCGCCCUGAUGAGCUCCAUGGACUGCGCCACGUUCCCGAUGCAUCCCAAAAUGGACGAGCAGCUGGCCCGGGCGUUCGCCGCCAACGAGGAGGAGGAGGAGAAGCACAUUCAGAAGGUCCAGAACGCCUUCCUUUACUAUGGGCCAUAUGCGUGCCAGCGGCUAAAGCGCUCCAUGGAUUACCUGAACAGCCUGUCUGGCGAGGAUCAAAUCAUGCUAGCCAGGUACCGAGGGCAUCUGGAGUGCGUGCGCACGUGCAUCGAUCGCAACCAGGCGGUUAUCCGUGAAAUACUGCGGGAGCGCGUCCUCUAUCCGGCGGAGGAAGCGACUGGGGAUCCUUCGGCGGACCGGUGGGAGUUUGACGAGCCGCCGCCAAAUGUGAGGCACGGUGACAUGGACCAGAUUGAUAUUCCAUUCGAUGAAGCUGACGUUGAACCUCUAAAAAUUUUAAAGGCCCAGUCGACGUUGAAGUUGAUUGCGCGCGACUGGAGCACUGAAGGAGCCUUGGAGCGGGAGCAGUCCUAUAAACCAAUCAUCGACAGCAUCGUCGAGUACUACAAGCCCAGCGAUUUCGAGCUGAAGGAGAUAAAGAUCCUGGUGCCGGGAGCGGGACUGGGACGGCUCACCUACGAGCUUGCAUGCUUGGGAUACUCGUGCGAGGGCAACGAGUUUUCCUACUUCAUGCUGAUCGCCUCCAAUUUUGUCCUCAACCUCUGCGAUUACGAGAACAAGUACGUGCUAUACCCGUGGGUGCACCAGUAUGUGAAUAACUUAAGGCGCGAGGAUCAGGUGGCCGCCGUUCGGUUUCCAGACGUCUGCCCGCUUAAAAAUCCACCCAAAGGACAUUUCGAAAUAGCAGCAGGGGACUUUCUGGAGGUCUACAAGACGCCGAACGCCUACAACUGCGUGGCCACGUGCUUCUUCAUAGAUUGUGCCAAUAACGUCAUUGACUUCAUACGCACAAUUUACAAAAUCCUCGUGCCGGGUGGUAUUUGGGUGAAUCUCGGACCGCUGCUGUACCAUUACAGCGACGUCAGCGGGCAAAACAGCAUCGAGCCGACGUUCGAGGACCUAUGCAUCAUCAUGGAAAGUGUCGGAUUCGUGAUCGAGACAUCGCGCACCGGCAUCCGAACCAAGUACGCCCAGAAUCCGUCUUCAAUGAAGCAGAGCGAGUACCAGAGCCUCUUCUGGGUUUGCCGCAAGCCGGAUACGUUUGAGGAGCAGCGGGGCAAACGCAAGGCCUCCAGGGAGCCACACGAUCUCAUUGUUCGCGAGGACAGCGAGGAGGAGGAGGAGGAGGAGCAACAGCCAGAACAGAAUGAAAUGGGACAAAAACAGCAACUAAAAACACUGGCCAUGGCCAAUGGUGAUACUGAGAUGAAGGCCCAGCCAACGUGAUGCAAAACCAAAACCAACACCACAUCUAAACACCACAAUCAAAACCAAGUGCAAACCCACCUAAAGAUGGCAUCACAUCACCAACAUCUUAACUACCACGUCACAGGCAAGACAGGGAACUCGAAUCGACACUACAUUGCUUCGAUGUUAUAGAUUAACCUUUAUACCUCUAUUUACUCCUCUAUACAGUUUUAAUUUUUCGAAAAUUGCUAAGUUUAGGAAAAUUUCGCGCUCAUUAUGCUCAUCAUGCAAACUUAAAUGUGGGAAGUGUCCCAACUAGGCCAACCAAAUAUACCAAAAGAAAAACUUAAAAAAUUUA